UUCAUGUUUAUGUCUGUCAGGUUUCCGAUUGGGCGCCGUGUGGAUGUGUGAUGAGCAUCCGCGCGCCGUGGGCGGGAACAGUCAUGUUUAUAAACCACAGUACGCUUGCCGUGGGCGGGAGGACCGGAUCGAGAGCGAGAGGACGCGCGGCGCGGAGCUUGUGGAGGAGGCGCGGCUUCCACUGCCCCUCCGCCGAAACAGCUGUAUGGACGACCACCUCAGCCUCCUCCACUCGCCUCCGCCUUCCUCGAGCAAGCACCGGGGCAACAACCUCGUGAACCACGGCUACACCGAAGACAUCAUGACAAUUGUUGCAUGCGACAACAUGCUGGAGGAGUCGGCGGCGCUGCCUGGGCACCACUCUCUGGAGCGCUAUGAGCCAGACCACGAGUGCUGCGAGAGAGUUGUCAUCAAUAUCUCAGGCUUGCGCUUCGAGACGCAGCUCAAAACCCUGUCCCAGUUCCCUGAGACUUUACUUGGCGACCCCAAGAAGAGAAUGCGCUACUUUGACCCCCUCAGAAACGAGUAUUUCUUUGACAGGAAUCGGCCGAGCUUCGAUGCUAUCUUGUAUUAUUACCAAUCUGGAGGGCGCAUACGGAGACCCGUGAACGUUCCCAUAGACAUUUUUUCCGAAGAGAUACGCUUCUACGAGCUCGGGGAGGAGGCCAUGGAGAAAUUUCGAGAGGACGAGGGCUUUAUAAAGGAAGAGGUGCGUCCUCUGCCCGCUAAUGAGUUUCAGCGACAGGUGUGGUUGCUGUUUGAGUACCCGGAGAGCUCGGGUCCGGCCAGGGGCAUCGCGAUCGUCUCGGUGCUGGUCAUUUUGAUAUCCAUCGUCAUCUUCUGUCUGGAAACGCUACCCGAGUUCAGGGACGACAGGGACCCGACGACGGCCGCGCCGCUGGCGAACGCAACUCUCCCGUUCUUCACCAGUCCCUUCUCUGACCCGUUCUUCGUGGUGGAGACUCUGUGCAUCAUCUGGUUCUCCUUUGAGCUGCUCGUGCGUUUCUUCGCGUGCCCCAGCAAAGCCACGUUCUCCAAGAACAUCAUGAACAUUAUUGACAUCGUGGCCAUCAUACCGCCAGGAUAUUAUCCUUUAAUUUUUACAGACAUUUCCUUUAAUCCUAAAACACAGUUGUAA